UUUUUCUGGUUUUUGUUUUUUUGUUUUUAUAUUAUUCGCUCCCUCCGCUCUCUGUUUCACUGGACGCGAAGCCCCUUCGAUUCGACCUUUUGAAGCUUUGAUUCUCCGAGUAGAGUAGGGAGCUCUGUUGGAAUGGCCGAGCCGGACCCUGCCUCCAAAGUGGAGGUGACCACGAAUGUAAAUGGCUCUGUUCCACCAGAGGAUAAGCCGGAGCAUGUUAUUUCUGAGAAGAAGGACGCUGAAGAUAACAGUGUGAAGGCAGCAGAUGAAAAGAAGCGAGCAGAAAUUAGCAAGGCAGAGGUGAAGGGCACAAAUAAUGCAGAUGGUGAAAGUCAUAGCACCACUGUUGUCAAGGAUGUGAAAAUCUCAGAGACUGAGGGAAUGAAGACCACAAAGGCUGAGGAUUCAAAGGCUGUAGAAACUGAGGCUGUGAAAACAAAGGAUGAUGAUGCAAAAACCACGGAAUCUGAGGCUGUGAAAACUGAAGAGGAUGGUAAGGCCACUGAAGCAGAAAAUUCAAAGAUUUCUGAAACUGAAGAUUCAAAAGAAGCGGAGAAUGAGGAUGUAAAAACGACAGAAGGCCAGGAUGUCAAGGAGGUUGAGGAUAUUAAUAUGGCAGAAGCUGAAGAUGUGAAAGAUGCUGAUGAUGUGAAAAUGGUGGAGGCUGAGGAUGUGAAGGGUGAGGGGGCCAAGGGAGGGAGUGAUGCGAAGGAUGGGGAUGGGGUUGACAAAGAAGGAAAUCUAGAUGAUAUGAAGGAUGGGGAGGGUGACAAGGCAGAAGAUGGGGAUGAUGGGAAGAACAAAGUAGGUACAGAGAUGAAUAAAGAAGCCGGGGUGGAAAUGAAAGAAGUGGAUACUUUGGAGGGAAAGGAUAGCGAACAUGCUAGUGAUAAGCCCGAUGAGAAUAAGAAGACCAAAGGAACGAAGAGAAAAAGAUCAGUAGAGGGAAAGGGCAGGAAGGCUAGUGAAAGCAAAGAGAAGAAAGGUAGUGAGACACAAGGUGAGGGAGGCUUCAGUACUCCCUUCGCCUCAUCUACUGAUCGCCCUGUACGUGAAAGGAAAACAGUCGAGAGGUUGGUGGAAGUUAUUGAGAAAGAACCAUCAAGGGAGUUUUCAAUUGGGAAGGGCCGUGGUACUGCUUUAAAGGAUAUUCCAAAUGUGGCAUACAAAUUGUCAAAGAAGAAACCUGCUGAUCUCAAAUUCCUACAUCAGGCUCUUUUUGGAAGAAGAGGAAAGGCAGUCAAUUUCCGAAGCCACCUCCUUCAGUUUUCUGGAUUUGUUUGGCAUGAAAAUGAGGAAAAGCAAAGAGCUAAGAUCAGGGAGAAACUUGACAAGUGUGUAAAAGAUUCAUUACUGGAUUUAUGUGAUUUAUUUGAUAUUUCUGUUGCGAAAGCUACAACAAGGAAGGAGGAUCUGGUUGUGAAACUUCUGGACUUCAUGGCAGCACCUCAUGUUACAACUGAUGUUGUCCUUGCUGAGAAGGAGCAGCUUUCAUCGAGAUCAAGAAAACGCAAGAGUGUUGCUAAAGGAAGUCUAUCAAAGAGUGCUGAGGUUACACCCACAAAAAGGUCUAGGAAGAUGUGGAGCAAGAGUGAGAGCACACCAAAAUCAAGAGGAAAAUCUGUUGAAGACACAGAAGAUGAAGAAGGUGGUGAUGAAGCCGAAGACAGUGAAAAUGGUGUUCAUCAUGAGGAUGAAGCUCAUAAGCAGUCUGCAAGUGAGGGGAAGGAAGAUGCAUCUGCUUCUGAACAAGAAGAAGAAGAAGAAGAAGAAGAAAAAGAAGAAGAAGAACCUGAAGAAGAGGAAGAGGAAGAGGAGGAAGAUGAAGAUGACUCAGGAAAAGGCAAAAAAGCCAAGAAGAGAAUUUCCAAAAGAGGGGGCUCUUCUAGGUCAGUAAAGUCAAAGUUGUCGACAAGCCCUAAGAAGACUCCACGCUCAGCAACAGGUAAGACCCCUGGCAAAACAUCAGCAUCAAAACGUUCCAAGUCUGUGGACAAAAGUUCAGGGGACAAGGUCUUUUCAAGAAAAAAGAAAGAUGAUGAUACUCCAAAAAAAUCCACUCCAAGAUCAUCUACAAAGGAAAGAUCUACAGGUAAAAGAGUGGCUAAAGCGAAGGCUAAGACUGAAGAGGGGAAAGAGUCUGGUCCAAGCAAGAAGGAAUUGAGAGAGCAAAUAUGUGAAAUUUUGAAAGAAGUUGAUUUUAGCACGGCCACUUUUACUGACAUCCUGAAGCAACUUGCUGACCAUUACAAGACGGAUCUUACUUCAAGGAAAAAAUCCAUAAAAAUUAUGAUUCAGGAAGAGUUAACCAAGCUAGCUGAUGAGGCAGAAGAUAAUGAAGAUGACGAUGAUGAUGAAGGUGAAGAUGAUGCUGAGGAGGAAAAGCCUAAACCCAAAGGGAAGGAUGUGGUAACAUGAUUAAGUGAAAUUCGACAUACAUACAGAUGGUAAUCACUUUGUUCAUGUGCGCAAAAAUGCUUUUGAUUCUAUGCAUCUGCUCUGUGAUCUGAGUCACUGUUAGUUCACAAUCAGAUGCUUGUAAUACCAGCGAUAGGCUCAGUUUCUUUCCAUAACAAUGUAUUUAUAACAUAGAUUUCUAGUCUCUUCAUCUUCAUUCUUCUGAUGGAUAGUAUGGUUAGUAGUCAUAUGCUCUUGUGUAUUAACAUAAAUUCAAAGUAUACUUUGUUCUUACUGUCUGCU